GUUGGCUCGCUCUCGCGCUGGUUCCGGUAUCGGGCAUGAGCGUUUGAGGAGCUCGGCCGCAGUACGACGCCGAUACGCCUCCACUGAAGCCCGUCAGUCCCUUUCACCAAAGCCCUGAGGCAAUCAUGGAUUUUACUACCUGACACUGGAUGGUUGUUCUGGAUCUUGCGUUCAGCUCGAACCCAAAACGUUUGUUUUCACUCAAGCCCAGUCUCUCACUGGGGUCGCGUGAGUGGCGGAAGACGGUUCCACAGACCGUGAGGGGCUUUUGUCGGAUUGAAUGUUUUUGAAAUCCAGCUGUCGUCUCCUGGUCCUUCAUGCUCAUCAGCCCCGGCGGUUUUUUGUCUUAUCGUCUGUGUUCAGUCCAGCGCUGUUUGUUUCGUUUAUCUGAAACUGACGACUGAGGUGUUUUCACCUUUUGACACUUAUUGUGUUUUUGAUGGUCGGUAAAAUUGUAACCGAUUCUUUGACCGGCCUAGCACUUCAUAUCGCUGUGUACAUGCCACGCAGUAAACUGCAUGAUUUGUUUGGUUUUUUAAAAACUUAAGUUACGUUUAUUUGCCUUGUUCAUGUGGCGGAGAAUCAACCAGCAAUGAUCAAUUGAAGUAAGAUCAGUGUUACGUCUCUCCAUAAAUUCAAGAAACUGUUGUUUGUCUUAACUGGAGAGCUAAAUACGAGUGUUUCCUCAUUUGGACACAUGGACUAAUGUUGGGCUUCAACUUGUUGAUCUCUGUCUGCCUGGCUAGUUCUGGCUAGCUAGCUAUGUUCCGUGGGAUCCACCACUAAUAGCCUCUAUCAACCCGCUUAUAAAUGCUUGUCCACAUCUGAAAGCCACAUUUCCACGCAUAUUUUCCCGUCUGUUUUGGAUAAUCCCCGGGACAAAAAUGUCAAGCCGACCUCAAGGAGUAGGUGUUAUAGAGAAUUCAUCAGGACAGACCCACUCUGAUGCCAAAGGAGGAGGGCGUAGCAGUGUUUCACGUGUCCGGAGUUUGGUUGCGUCAACGGCGGAAGAGCAGCCUCAAAUAGGGAACUACCGACUGCUAAAGACUAUUGGCAAAGGCAACUUUGCCAAGGUUAAACUGGCCCGACAUGUCCUCACUGGAAAAGAGGUAGCAGUGAAAAUCAUAGACAAGACACAACUCAACUCUUCUAGUCUUCAAAAACUUUUACGAGAAGUGAGAAUCAUGAAGCUUCUGAAUCACCCAAACAUUGUGAAGUUAUUUGAGGUGAUUGAAACAGAGAAGACUCUGUAUUUAAUCAUGGAAUACGCCAGUGGAGGCGAGGUUUUUGAUUACCUUGUUGCUCAUGGAAGGAUGAAAGAAAAGGAAGCGCGUGCCAAAUUUAGACAGAUUGUCUCAGCAGUGCAGUAUUGCCAUCAGAAGUGCAUUGUACACAGAGAUCUCAAGGCUGAGAACCUUUUACUGGAUGCUGACAUGAACAUAAAGAUUGCCGACUUUGGCUUCAGUAAUGAGUUUACAGUGGGCAAUAAGUUGGACACGUUCUGCGGAAGCCCCCCAUACGCCGCCCCUGAACUCUUUCAGGGUAAAAAGUAUGACGGGCCUGAGGUGGAUGUGUGGAGUCUUGGGGUCAUACUCUACACACUAGUCAGCGGCUCGCUGCCUUUCGAUGGGCAGAACUUAAAGGAGUUGCGCGAGCGUGUGUUGAAGGGAAAGUACAGGAUUCCCUUCUACAUGUCCACAGACUGCGAGAACCUGCUGAAGAAAUUUCUUAUCCUCAACCCUACCAAGAGGGGGAGUUUGGAGCAGAUCAUGAAGGAUCGCUGGAUGAAUGUGGGUCAUGAAGAUGAUGAGAUGAAGCCCUACAUCGAACCCCAACCUGACUACAAAGACCCCAGGAGAUCAGAUAUAAUGCUUCAGAUGGGUUUUCUUCAAGAAGAGAUCCAGAACUCCCUCAUCAACCAAAAAUACGAUGAAAUCAUGGCAACCUACCUGCUGCUUGACUAUAGGAAUUCAGAGCUGGACGAAGGUGUCAUCUUGUCGCUAAAACCACGCCCAGGAAGUGAUCUCACAAACAGUAAUGCCCCCUCUCCACCUCAAAAGGUACAGCGCAGCGUGUCGUCCACUCAGAAACCGGUCAGAAGGUCGACAGAUCAGGGCUCGAAAAGGCCUCAGGGAGAAAACAAGUAUACGGUGGAGGAAAGAAAAGGUUCAAGUAGCUCCACCAAAGUUUCACCCAGUCCUGUAAUAUCCAGUGAACGAAAAAAGAGUUCCACACCCUCAACUAAUAGUAUCCUGUCCACGGGAACAAGCCGUAGCAGAACAUCACCCCUAUCCGAGAGAGCUACUCUGGGAGUCCAUAACGGCAAAGACAGCCUAAGCACCCCCGGGUCCCGUGCCUCCACGGCCUCGGCCGGCGCCGUGCUCUCAUCAUCCUCUUCCUCACGCACCCGUCAUUACAAGUCACACUCCACAUCUGCCCAUCCCUGCCCCGCAGACCUGCACACACACGGGCCCAGUGAUCCACCACAAAGAGCACCUGGUGCCUCCCCCUCAGCCCACAACAUCAGCAGCGCAGCUGGGACGGACCAUACCAACUUCCCAAGAGGGGUGCCAACACGCAACACCUUCCACCUCGGCCAGCAGAGGGGCGCACGGGACCAACAGGGUUCUCCGUACCACGGAUCCCCUGCCUCCCCUUCCCUCUCACACGGCAACAGUCAACAGCGACGACCUGUGCCUUCCGGCAUCUUCAGCAAGUUCACAUCCAAGUUUGUGCGCAGAAAUCUGUCAUUCAGAUUCCCCAGAAGGAGCCCCUAUGAAGGAGAGGGUCAAGAGGAGGGGAACAGAUCUAUGCUCAGCAGUGCAGAGAAAUCAGAGAAGACCAGCGUAGGGGUGGAAGACGACAACAAGGACUCCUCCUCCCCGGGAGAUGGGACUUCUCCGGGCGCGCCCGUUUCUUCGCUCAAAGACCAAGCUAAGCCUCGUUCGCUUCGCUUCACUUGGAGCAUGAAGACCACAUCUUCCAUGGAGCCCGGCGAGAUGAUGAAGGAGAUCCGGAAGGUUCUGGAUGCCAACAGCUGCGAGUAUGAGCUGCGAGAGCGCUACAUGCUACUGUGCAUGGCUGGCAACCCAGCCCGCGACGACUUCGUUCAGUGGGAGAUGGAGGUCUGCAAGCUGCCCCGCCUCUCGCUCAAUGGUGUGCGUUUUAAGAGGAUAUCCGGCACAUCUAUCGCCUUCAAGAACAUUGCCUCCAAAGUCGCCAACGAGCUGAAGCUGUGAGGGGAAGGAGAGAUGCAAGUGAAAAGUAGCAUUUUUAAGAGUCUCAGAACAGGGAAGAAGUGGAGAACAUAGCCACUACUCAAACGCAGUGCAAACUGCUGAUAUGGGUUGGUACAGAGAGGAAUCAAAUCAGAUUCAUACAAAUGGGCCCUUCAAUCUUGCAUACCGAGGUUACAAUUUGGAGUUUUGGGCACUUCAGUCAAUGUGAACUCUGUAGGUUCUUGAAUCAUUGUCCUUGAUUGUCAUGAGUAUGUUAAAUCCAGAAAGGCUACAAGUACACAGUUCGUAUUCUGCUGUUUUUUGCUCAGAGACUUGACUGAUUUGGUUGAACUUUGAACUCAUUUUGGUCUUAAUCCCUUCAUAUACUCGCACACAAACACAACUAUUGCCUAUUGGAAAGUAUAAAUGCCAAACUUGAAAAGAGGGAUAGCCAUUAAAUGUAAACCCCCGAGUGUGAGUGGAGGUGGGGCAUUUUUGACCGCUUCAAAGAAAAACACUCUCAAACUUUUGGUGUAUCUCUUCCUCUUAUUCUGUGAACAGGGUUACACCUCACCAUUACUCCGUAAAAGGCCAGCACACUUGAUCAAUACUGUAAAUUGUGGUUAAGGUGAUUUUAGUUCUUAAUCGGCUGGGUUGAGAUUUGCUGCACUGGAAUAGGUGUAUUUCUGUUGCCUUUUUUUUUUUUAUCGAAAUGAAAGGUUUUAUUGUUGUACUUACCAAUGAUUUAUGUUUUAAUAUAAUUCUUAGGAAAAAAUAUAAUUUUUUAAUUAUUAUUAUUAUUAUUAUUAUUAUUGUUUGUGGUCUAGUGUUCUUGAUCGUACUAUGCCUUUGUAUAAAGAAUGUCUGAAACAAGCACCACAGGACUCCCACCAAACUUUUCACUCUUUCCCCGCUUCAUCCCAAAGGAUAAUGGCGCAGCAAGUACUCAAUCACUAGACUAAUGACUCUCUCCGUGCAACCAAUCAUUCCCAUGCCAUUUUAGUGACUAAGGAACUUUGCAUACACCACCCUUCAUCUCAACACCUCAAGCCAAGAACUUUUCACCUCCAUCCUGUCUGGAGGUGGCCUUGUGGCAUUUCUGCUUUGAUGACGCACACUCUAUGAAAAUAUGGCGCGAGUGAAUGUAUGUGGGUGUGAGAGAAAGAUAUAAUGAUAGUGUCAUAUCUGAAAUAACCAAAAGGCUUGCUGAGCUUCAUAUUUAACAAUGCAGACACUGUACUGAUACAUAGCCUUGAGACCAAUAUUGGCUGAAGCCCUAUGAAAUAGGCUUCUGUUUAUACCAAUAUCCUUGCUGUCAUUAUCAAUUUUACUAUUGAUAUUGAUCACUGACAUCAUUCUUUCAAAAGCAGAUCAGUAGUUCAAGCAUACAGGAACCAACCCGGAGCUUUUUUAAGAGUGGAAUGAGUGUGUCUAAAUAAAAGAGGGAGGAAAAGCGUACACUAUGUGCUAGAGUGAAAAGUGUGUAUCCAUCUAUCUCUGCUGAGCUGUACAUGCUUGCAUGCAUCCUCUAGUUGACAUUGGGUACACGGUCACCUCUGUUGUUAUUUAACAGGAGCGGGGUUGGGAUAAGAUCUCCUUAUAAAGCCUAUCACCAGUUUGGGGACAAUUGUGCACAUGUGUGUUUUUAUAUCUUCAUAGAAAAUAAUAAUUAUCUUUUUUGCUGUUCUCAUAAAUUAUCAUUUGUUCAAGGUGCUGGGGAUCCAAUUAUCUUUUAGUAUUAUCAUUUUACUUCAGGGUUGAUUUGUUUUUAUUUACAUGUUUUUCAUUGCUGUAAUUUUAUGAUUUGUGUCUGACUCUUCAAUGUUGGGUUAGGGGGGUGCGAAUAGAGAAAUACACCAAAUGUUUUUGUUUCUUUUUGUGCAACGAUGAUGAUGAAUUAUGAUCAAUGAUAGUAAUAAAAACAAUUACAUUCAAGCUGGUUGUAUUGAAACUGAUGCAACAUGUCUCAACUCUAAAUAUACCAACUUUGUGGUAUCUUUUAAAGAAUUAUCUUAUUUGGUUUACAGUAACCAGUGUUGGGUGUAGUCUGCUUACAAAGAAAUUUGAUAUCAUAACAGAAUUACUUGU